GUCUCACAAGGGUACCAAAGCUAUUUAAACGCGAUAGGUAGGUAAGGACAUCUUUAUAACUGGACAUAUGCUAGAUGGUUCUAAAAUACUGUUCUUGGACAGGAUAUUCACGUCAUUCUUGUCCCCACUUCAAGAAGUUCACAUAAACACGAACAGAACUAUUGUGACAGGAAAAUCACCGAAACAAUCUGUAGAAGGGUAUGCGCUGGCGUUGGUGAACCUGAGAGAUGUUGAAAUCCCCCUGACGGAUGAGCUGGUCCUUAAAUUGAUAUCAAAGGCUUUCAGAUGUCUAUAUAAACUAUACAUCCCAUCAUCUGAAUCGCUGAAAGUUAUAAAGAGACAUCAAUGCUACAUAAUUAAAUUAAUGGAAUCUAAAAACUAUACCCAGAGUCAAUCUGAGCUUUCAAUUCUUUCCCAUGCACUUGUUUCCUUGGUGUCAAACAAAUCAUUUAAUCCAGAACUGGUCGAACUUGUGACAAUUCAAGAUAUUCCAUACAAAGAGCCCAUAAAUUCAAAUGAUACAAAUAACGAUCAAAUAAUGAAGAUUGUUAUUGCAUACAAUUUCUUACAUCUACAAUUCUUACUUCAAAGGUUAUCUUCUCAAUUGAGGGUUGUACAAAGACAUGAACUUGUCAUAAUUGAGUUUAUAUCUCAGUCACUUCUUUCGACUAGUCACCUUUCAAAAUGGUUAGAUAUAGCUUAUAUGAGGGAUUCAACUUCAAAGAAGAAGCAUAUCGCCAACUUAAAUAGAAUUGCUCUGGGACUUUACAAAAUCAAUGCCUAUUGUAUAAAAAAGGCAGGGAAACAACAUAGCUUGAAAUUCAGCGAAAUUGAAUUAUCCAUCCAAUUUAAAUUAUUAGAAUACUCGCACGAACUAGGAACUCCUAAUCAAAUGGGUCAAGAGAUCCUCACAAAAACCAUACUUCCACCAAUUGCAUAUCCAUUUUAUAAUGAUUUGAAAUGUUAUACCAACAAAAUAUCCACUGCUCCACAUGAUUUAAUGGAGAAGAUAGUUACACAGUUCGAGGCAAAUAGACAUUAUAGUACACAAGAACUAGCAGAAUUGAACAAACAAGUUAUCCGCUCAUCAAAUGGAGAAUGUUUUGUGAAGCUAACAACUUUUGUAUUACUCUCUACUUCAAUGAGUGAUUUACUCCAUGAUGAAACAUUUUUAACAAGUCUUAAAAUUCUUGUGUCUAGAAACAAUAUUGAAAUUACAGAUUUGACGAUUUCUUCAACCAGGGCCACCGUUAUAUUUUUAACUAAAAACUUCAAAACCCUUGACACCUUAAACAAAGAACAUUUGCGCAUCUUGGAUAAUGUGACCAUUUUUUUGCAGCACCUACUUAAACAACCCAAAGGCAUAAUCUCAUCAUAUUAUUCCUUCAUCAAGGACACUUUGGCUGAACUUUUUCAUAUGUUGGCUCACUUUCUUCAAAUAAAAAGAAUCCGGAAUCUCUCAAACUUAUAUUUCAAUCUUGGAAACAACGUGAAAGAGAGGCAAGAACUCUCAAUUGAAUCGUGGAGUCAAUCUAUAGAAUAUGAGGAAUUUGUGCUUGUGAAUGAUUCAGUUGAAAAUAAGUUUUUCAACCAUAAUAUAUUCCAGGCCAAAGUUGAGAAAGUUGUUAAUUCUCUUUAUGAGUUAAAUGAAUUUGACGCAUCUUCGACAAUUUUGUUAAGCUUUUUAAAUACAACUGAUAAAUUUUGUAUGAACCCAAAUGAAACUUUGCAAGAAUUCAUGGAAUCAUUAAAUAAUUUCCGAAUGCCUUUAAUUGUCCAAUUGUUGGUUAAGUGUCUUGUAUCAAAUUCAAAUAUUGCACUUUUGGUUUUUGGAGAUAAUAGUGUUAUAUCUGACACUUUCAAAUGUUUCCUAUACAUAAAAACCAUUGAAUUGUUAGAGAAAUCCACUAGUGUAUGGCAAAAAUCUGACUUGGUAAAUUUUGUAACUACAAAUCUACGCUUGAUGGCAGGUACGAAACGUUUACUUUGUAUAUAUCAUUAUUACAACUUGAAUGGCUUAGCAGAUUAUAUUGGUACUUUGGAAGAAACAUGUGAUGAAAUGACAAAUGGUUUUGAUGCUCUUAUUUUAAGCGGGAUUUAUUUAGAAAGAGCAAGUAUUCAAUGGGAAGAUGAUUAUUUGCGUAAGUCACUUUCAUAUUAUGAAACAUGGUUAAAUGAUGAAACUUUUGACAAAUCAACUACUGCCCUGGAGGCAUACGAGAUUGAUAUCGUGAAAGGUUUGGUUACCUAUAUGAAACAUAGUCGGUUAUAUGUACAAGCAUCUCAUUUUCUAGGUAUCUUCUAUUUGAGACGUAUAAAGAACUGCAAGUCUACGAACAAACAUUUCAAACUUCAUUGUUUGAAGAUGGAGUUGGAACUUUCAGACACAUAUGUAAUUCUUGGCCUCUAUGACGAUGCAAAGCUGAUGUUGGAGUCCGCUGGUAUGGUAAUAAAAUCGCUCGAUAUGCAAAAAGUUUGUCUUCGAGAGAUUAUUUCCUGGAAACUCCAACAACUUGACUACAGUCUUGAAAUUGACACUGCUGAACUCGAAGCAAGAUAUAAUAAACUAUUGGUAUUUAUGCGCUCAAGACCUGAAUUGACUCUUCAAGAUACUACAUCUAGCUACAACGAUAGAUUAAUGAACUUGAUUCAAGUUGUCAAGUUUCGCGUUCUAUCUGGUAAGAUGCUUGUGAAAUUUAAGAAUUAUCCAGAAGCAUAUUUAAACUUCAGGAUGGCAAUUAAAUUACUGCAUUCCCUUUUGAAAAGAGUGGGAAAUAAUACUUCAAGACAGAUGUAUUUGAUGUUGAAAUGGACUUGUGCUACACUCUUAAUAGAUUGUUAUUGGGGCUCUAUUGAGUCGUUAAUUUACAUGGGAGUCACUCAUGAGUUGACAUAUUAUUUAAGGGAGUUUGAAAAACUUGAUUCCAAAAUCUCCCAGCCACUCCUCAAUGCUAUUAACAAAUACAAACUUGCCAACAUUUAUGUGCUCCUAGAAAAUAAUACUAAAGUAACUGAACUCCUUAUUGAAGCAGGUGUUUCUCAAUCCAAGACGUCGUUACGUACAAAAGAAAUCAUUGCUCUUGAGUUUUACAGUCAAUUAUUUAAAACGAGGAAGUGGGAAUUGACAGAUACAAAGAGAAAUGUUGAAACUCAAGAGUUUGACAUCAAUGACCUCGACUUUUCUACUUCGCUGGAAUGUCUUUUCCAAUUUGAUGAUACAAUUUCGAAAUUGGUAUCUGCUUCGAAAACGAGAUUUAUGGAUAUUCCAGUUCAAUAUAAGAUAAACAACUUAUUCAUUCACACCUUGUCCGAUACCUUGAGCAACUUUGAUGAUUUAAGUUCCAAAUUUGGAAGCGAUCUUCGGUUACUGAUCUUACUUAGAAUAUGUCGGUAUCAACAUCUCAUUACUAAUGGAACUCAAUCUUUGUGCCAUUCCGUCAUGUUUAAAGUAAUAGGAUCCUUAUUGAAAAUUCCAGCACUUUUUGAAGGAUCUAUUCCUGUAAGAAAAAAUACGAUUAUAAGAGAAUCAGAGACUAACUAUUUGGAUUCUUUAAUAACUUGCGAUAAAUUCCUAACCGAUUUAUCAAGUUCUCAUAUGGUGCAUAAUUUAUCAAACCAUGAGAACCGUGGAUUAUCUGAAUUGUUGACAUAUUGCAAUCUCCAACUACAUGCAAUUUCAAAGGUUGAUUCUAGAAUAAUCACUAGUGAUGUGGUUUCAUCAAACUAUCUCUAUGGAUUACAAGAUAUCCCUAGGUCUCUCCCGAUACAGAGCAUCCGACAGAUAUACAACGAUGUUAAUUGUGGAGAAAAGAAUGAACUAAUCCCAGCUGUACCUGAAUUUUCUCCUAAUGUUACUAGAAAUAAAGAUUUCUCACAAACGAUGAUACUCGAUCUACAAGAAUAUCUUCCCAGUAACUGGACUGUGGUUUGUAUAGACUUGUGUCCACUCUCUCAAGAUAUUAUUAUCACGAAAUAUCAUCGCUUCUCUAAAUCACCAUCCUACUUACAAUUGAAGUUGGAUAGAUGGCAUAAUCAAGGAAUUGAGAGCACUUUCAAAUUUGAUGCGUGUGUGCAAGAAUUAGAAGAUAUCAUAAAGUCAAGCAAUGCUUCAACAAAACGCGAGACAACUCUGAGAAUGAAUACUAAAGAAUUGAGACGUGAAUGGUGGAGAGUUAGGUUUGAAUUAGAUGCGAGAUUGAAAAUCUUACUUCAGAAGAUUGAAAAUAGUUGGUUUGGUGGAUUCAAAGGUACUUUUGAAAAUAUCACUGGAAAUGAAGAAUCAUCUAAAAGCUUACAGUGUGAUUUGCAGUUGCUUCUUAUGGAGAUAUUCCCUGAGAAAAAUAUACACUCGCUUGAGGUUGAUGAAGAAUUGCUCAACUACAUUGUUGGAGUAGGAAAUAGCGAAGACAUUUUGGAAAUAGGUGGUUCGAGUUCCAUCUUAGAUGAUUUGCUUUUCCACAUUUUGAGUUCUUUCAAUACUACUUCAACAAGAUCUUUGAAGAGAGAAAUGGAGAUGAUUAGAGAUAGGUUUGCGAGGAUUGCUGAGAAAUAUCGGGCCGAAUAUGAAUCAUUAUGGCAGUCGAGUACCGAUGAACAUAUCGUUCUUAUACCUGGAAAUAGAUGUGAAUUACUUCCAUGGGAAUCUCUUUCAUUUUUGAGAAAUAAAUCUGUUUCGCGAAUGCCUAGUGUCAGUCUUUUACUUGAAUUAUUGAAGCGAGAAAAUAAUAAAACCGAUAUACUGGUGUUUGACGAUAAUUCUAAUUUAUUCUACCUAAUUAAUCCUGAAGGUGACUUGAAAAGAACAGAAUCUAAUUUUGGGACACUGUUUUCGAGCAUAAAUCGCCACUGGAAAGGAAUAGUGGGUAAUCUGCCUACUCAAGAUGACAAACUACUACUGAAAAUAUUGAAUUCCAAUUUAUUUGUAUAUUUGGGUCAUGGCGGUUGCGAACAAUACAUUCUGACCUCUGAAAUGCUCAAAGAAACCAGUACCUCUAGAUAUUUACCUCCUAGUCUUCUACUCGGUUGUUCAUCUGGAGCAUUAAACACUGCUGGAGUUCUUGAUUCAAAUGGAAAUGUAUAUAAUUGGCUAUCUGGUGGAUCACCUAUGAUUUUAGUUAACUUAUGGGAUGUUACAGACAAGGAUAUUGAUGCUUUCAGUUUGUCACUUUUCCAAUCCUGGGGAUUAUUUGACAAUCAGAAUGAUCUGCAACCUGUGGUGAAUAUUUGUAAGGCUGCAAGUCAAAGUCGAGACAGUUGUACCUUGAAGUAUCUAAAUGGGAGUGCCCCUAUAGUUUAUGGACUUCCACUUUCCAUACGUAAUAGAACUUAA